GGUUUACGCUUGCAUUGUGUGCAAAGUUUAUUGUUCCAUGGUGAAGCUCCCACUUGUGAUUCGCGUAUACUCGACCUUGACCUUGCGCAGUGAAUACCUACUAGUUGUAGACGGGAAUUAUUCUUUGUUUGCUCAUCAGUCUGAUUGAUACGCAAACAUGGGCAAAAAGAAGAGCAAAAACAAUAGCACGGAAGCCGCCUCAAGAGCACCAGCAAAUGCGCUCACUACGACCUCGACUAUCGUAGCGGACCCCAAACUUGGCUACAGGAUCCGAGUUCUUCUCCACGAUUUCCCAACGUUGCCAAAGAUUCUCGUUCAGAGAAGCGCCUCAACUCUACAAUCGACGAACACUAUAUCAGUGCUCCAUAUUUUGAUGAGGGACAAGCUGCGAUGGUCAAAGCAGCGAUUAUAGAUGUUGACCUUGUCAAGCAUGCUGAAGCUGCCGAUACUGAAGAUAUCGAUCGAUAUUUGGUCUCACAACAAGGAAUGGGUUUCG